AAAUUCUAGUCAAAGCUAAAAUAAAUAAUUUUGUUAUACACAUAAGAAACAUAGACACUUCUAAUAAGGUAGUGGGUCAUGUCAAACACCAUGUCCGACACGAUACUCAUGGGACACUUAUCAACCCUUGUUAUACACACCUCAAAACAUAUCCUACCAUUUUUUUAGAAUUUUCUAGCCUCGGAAAAGCUUUAGACACUUGGAAAACACGUGCACAUUGCUUAGGCAUACAUAAAAUACAAUACAAGUUUGAUAUACACAAUAAGGUUCUUGUUGGGGGAAAAGAAAAGGAUAACUAUGGUAUGCGGUUGGCCUAUGAAAAUUUUGAUAUUCCUCUCUCUCUCUCCCCCUCCCUAUGAUAUUUGAUGUCAUUACUUUUGUUUGUAGAUGUAUGUCAUAGAGAUGAAGUCAAGAAAUUAUUUUGAGGGACCUAGCCUGCUUGGCAAACGAAACUAUUUGACAUAAAAAAUUAAUUGAUGACAUGCUAUCCUAUUCUCUGUUCCAUCUUAUUUUCAUUGUCUGUUUAUUAGAUCAUUAGUGUGCAGUAAUAAUUCAAAGCUGUUCUUUUUGCUAUGCAUUUACUAAACUUAUUUUAACUUUGGAAUGUUUAGCACUAUUUUGGUGAAGUUGGUCACUUUUCCAUUUGGUUUCCUAGUGAACUAGGAAAUUGACCUUCUGUUUCUAUUCUUAAUGAACAUGAAAAUCCAAUGGUUAUAGAUGCCCUUAGCUAAUGGAAUAAUGAAUUUGAUGCUUGUAACUUAGUUGCUAACUUCAUUUAUUAUUUAAUGAGUGCUUAUGUAUCCCACCUUUUCAGUGAGCAACAUCAUUUCUUAUAUUCUUUGAUGUUUUUACUUGUAUACAUAUUAAUUGCUUGAUGGUUGCUUUACUGCUUCUCUUUAGUGAGAAACAUCGUUCAUUCCCAAAAGAAUAUUGACCAAUCUGCGUCAGGAAAUUUACAAUUGAAUAACACAGUACAGUCUUCAUAUGUGGGUCCUGGGCAUUCAAUGCCCAGUGAAGUUCCUGAAUCUAUUCGAUUUGCGUCAGAUCCAGCAAAGCUUAUCUUGGAUGCAAUGCAAGGUUGUUAUCACUCAAACUUGGAGGGAGUGAAAAGCUCCAAGUUGAACGUCAUGAAGAGGUUCAUUCCCUGGCUAAGGCAGUUAUUAGGAGUCUCACUAGAGGUUAAAACCCAUGUCAAAGAGGAAGCAUUGAAGUUCGCAGCUAAUUGGAAAGCAGAAGUGAUAAAAGAGAGUCGGAAUCAUUCAGUGGUCUGGUGUUUUUUGCUGUUUUUAGGCACCUACAAAUUGGCCUCCUUUUAUAAUACGAAUGAGCUUCUUGGCUUUAUGGAGAUUGUUUGUGACCGCAUGGAGGCAAUUUAUUUAUUCUCCACCCUUGGACUGGCAUAUGAAGUCCCUAUUUUUGUCAGAAAUCUUAUUGAAAGACAGCUGCACCUGGAGGCUAUUAGAUUUAUUUUCGCAUUUAAUCUUGUCGACAAAUUCCCACCAAUACCUCUCCUGAAAGGCCACUUGACUUGCGCAGAAGAGUCUGCCAAUAAAAUACUCAAGAAGGGACACAACUCUCUUCAAGCACAGAACAUGGCCACAGGUAAAGAAAUAAAUGCUCUUAAAGCGGUAAUCCAACACAUCGGGGUGCUCAAGCUUGAAUCAGAAUACUCGACUGAGGACCUUAAAGCUCGCAUUGAGCAGCUGAUAAGGCAGAAAGAGGACCGGACAAGUGUUGUAGAAUCCCCUGCCUCCACUUCUCAAACACAAGAGCAGAAUGUGAAGAAACGUAUUGCCCCCAUCCCUGACCAUGCCUCUAAUACUCAAUCUCAACAGCAUCAUGCGAAAAAGAAGCUUUGUCGGACGCUAUAUCCAGGCAGGAACAGCGCCGCCCAAUCCUCCUGUUGUUGGUAAUGCUUCCCCCAUUCAGCACCCACCAUCUGUAUUUGCUGCAGGUACUGCACCUUGUCAGUAUUGGUCAAGGGGCUCCACUGCCAUUCCCUUGCAUACGAGCCAUUCAAUGUCACAACAGGGAUCUCGUACCCCUUCUAAUUGGGGCUUCUCGCCAUUCAGUUCAACCGGUUUCCACUUUGAUUCUGCUCCUAAUUUUCAUGCCAGGCCAUUUAUGCCACUGGGAACAAAUUCUCAUUCAUGGUCAGUCUUCAAGCAGCCUCAGCCUUAAAUGACUUUAUAGGAUGCACUAACAGAAGAUUAAUUACCCUAGCCCAGUGAUUACCGUUCAUCUUCCAAUCCUAUAUGCGUUGGAUUAACUUCAUGUGUAAAUAACAGCUACUCGCAGACUUGAAUUCACUCCACGGAUGACCAACUUCAUUGUAAAUAAUUUCUCUUGAUUUAUACCGUUCUUGAAAAGUGUGUUAUUGUUUUUGGGUGUGCUCUAAUCGAAUUUUGUCAGGGUUUAAGAAUUCUUGCUUGGAA